UUACUAACGGACUGCCAUGCUGAUUCGUCACUUCUCAGCGACGCGCUGUGAUUGGUCAGCGGGCUGUGUUCAAGCUCCACCCCCACCGUCGCCACACAGCUUCACAAAGUUAGAGCCAGCAACGGUCCGCGGGUCAUUCCGCUUCAACUCAGACUUCUCACAGGUUUCCCCGGAAAAUCGCUCCGAAAUGAACCAGCUGAAGGAGAGGUUUACGGCUUUUCUCAACGAGAAGAACUUUGUCACAGACCAGUUGGCGGCGUUGGAACAGAAAACCGGAGUGAAGAAGGAGCUGAUCGUUUUGGGUUUCCUCGGUUUCGUGGUUCUGUACCUGCUGUUCGGAUACGGAGCCUCAUUGCUCAGUAACCUGAUUGGCUUCAUUUAUCCAGCGUAUUUCUCCAUCAAAGCCAUUGAGAGCAGCAACAAGGAGGAUGACACGCAGUGGCUGACCUACUGGGUCGUUUAUGGACUCUUCACCGUCGUCGAGGCUUUCUCUGACAUUUUUCUCUUCUGGUUCCCAUUUUACUAUGUUAGCAAGUGUCUGUUCUUGGUUUGGUGCAUGGCUCCUGUGAAGUGGAACGGCUCCGACAUGCUGUACAAGCGCAUGAUCCGCCCAUUUUUCCUGAAACAUCAGACGGCCAUGGACAACAUGGUCAACGAGCUGAAAUCCAAGACAAAGAUCCUCGGUAACACUGUCUCACAAGAAGCCGUGAACUUCGCUCUCAACCAUGAGAAGACUCAGUAAAGAGGACCAUUUCUUCUGUGACGGAUGAUUUAUCGACCCCCGAACUGAAGCUUCAGCUCCUGAAGAGAUGAAAAGGUUUUAUCAGCCAUCAGUUUACGCCAUCAGCACAGCGAAGACGAUCCACAAAACUGUGACCUUUUAAUCCACACGCAGUGACAGCGUGAAAUAGAGAGUAAAUAAAAUGUUUGUAAGGUAACGAUGCAGUUGUUUACUCCAACAUUUUAGACUUUGAUGUUAAAUGUUUAGUGACUCUUCAUGUCUGGAACUGUGAAGAUCUCAGCUUUGUUUCUUAUCAAAGCAGGAAAUCCUACAUGUUGGUACUUUGAUUUAUUGACUGUCUAAAUUUAAAUGUUAUUACUCUAAAGAGCCAAAUGUUUGUUUGUGCCAUCAAAUGUUCGAUUUGUCUUUAAUCUGUUGUUAAUUUUAACUGGAAAACUUCUGUCUUCAUUUUCUUAAGUUAUUAUCUUUGAUUAAAAAUAAAAUGAAAUAAAUUAA